AGGAUGGUCUAUAACAUUGAAUCAAUUACGGGACGCGGUUUGUGAGACCAUUACAGUCGGAUCGGGAGGGAGGGCGAGCGGGAGGGAAAGAGCGCGGCUGAGCAGGGAAAGUCACAAAAGACGUGGACAUAUUUUGGAUGUUUUACAAUCUGCAGGAUUGGGGCUGCGGAUUGUAAAGGAGAAGUUGUUGGUAGCUAUGGGUACUUCCCCAUGGACGUUCCUGCUCCUGGGAUGUUUUCUCACAGGACCAUUCCUAACAUUUUGCCAGCUUCCUCUGCCAACAAUUGUUCCCAAUAGGAAUGAAAUGGUGGUACAGCUCUAUUCCAAUUUCACACUCAAAUGCUCUGGAGACAGCGAAGUGAGCUGGCAGUACCCAGUGACAGAGGGAAACCACAGGAUAGAUAUUAGACACGAAGAAAACAACAGUGGCCUCUUCGUGACAGUUCUCGAAGUAGGAAAUGCCUCAGCAGCUCAUACAGGCCUGUAUGUUUGCUAUUAUAACCACACACAAGUGGAGGAUGGGGAAGUGGAAGGGAAGGACAUCUACAUCUAUGUGCCUGACCCAGACAUGCCUUUUGUUCCUUCUAUACCAGAAGACCAGUUCAUCCUAGUAGAAGAAGGUGAUCCUGCAGUCAUCCCUUGUCGGACAAGUGACCCAGAUGCUCAAGUGACUUUAGUUAACAGUUUAGACAAGUCUGUAUCUGCUUUAUAUGACACCAAACAAGGCUUCAUAGGGAAUUUUCCGGCGGGCUCAUACUCUUGUAAAACAAUGGUUAAAGGCGUGGAGUUCAAGUCUGAUGAGUUCCUCAUCUAUAUUAUAAGAGCUACUUCACAGCUGCCUGUUGAAAUUGAAGCUCUUAAAACUGUCUACAAAACAGGCGAGACCAUUGUAGUAACUUGUGUGGUCUUUGACAAUGAGGUGGUUAAUUUGCAGUGGAAUUAUCCUGGCAAAGUGAAAGAAAAAGGUCUGAUAAAACUUGAUGAUAUCAAAGUCCCAUCGCAGAAGCUGGUUUACACCUUGACCAUUCCUGAGGCAUCGGUGAAAGACACAGGGGAUUAUGAAUGUACUGCUCGCCAUGCAACCAAGGAGGUUAAGGAAAAUAAGAAAGUAGUCAUUACAGUUCAUGACAAAGGCUUUGUUCACCUGGAGCCUCAGUUUAGCCCUCUGGAAGCUGUCAACCUGCAUGAAGUCAAAAACUUUGUUGUUGAUGUGCAGGCUUACCCAGCACCAAAAAUGUACUGGUUGAAGGAUAAUGUGACUCUGAUUGAAAAUCUUACAGAGAUUGUUACGACUUCAGGAAGAGUCCAGGAAACGAGGUUUCAGAGUAUUUUAAAAUUGAUACGAGCCAAGGAGGAAGACAGUGGAUACUAUACUUUGGUUGCUGAAAAUGAAGAUGAGAUUAAAAGAUACACCUUCUCAUUGCUAAUACAAGUUCCAGCUCUGAUCUCAGCCCUCGUGGAUGAUCACCAUGGCUCUGCAGGUGGGCAGACAGUGAGAUGCUUGGCAGAGGGGACACCACUUCCAGAUGUGGAAUGGCUGGUUUGCAAGGACAUUAAAAAGUGCAGCAAUGACACCUCAUGGACCCUUUUGACUAACAAUAUCUCUGAUAUACACAUGGAAGCCCACCUGGAUGAGAAAAAUAUGGUGGAAAGCCAGGUGACCUUCCAGAAGGUGGAGGAAACCCUGGCUGUGCGGUGUGUGGCAAGGAAUGACCUUGGUGCCGUCACUCGAGAACUGAAGCUUGUGGCUCCCACCUUGAGAUCAGAGCUAACGGUGGCUGCUGCUGUCUUAGUGCUGUUAGUGAUUGUGAUAAUUUCACUGAUUGUCCUGGUCAUCAUAUGGAAACAGAAGCCAAGGUAUGAGAUUAGAUGGAGAGUCAUUGAGUCUAUCAGCCCUGAUGGCCACGAGUACAUUUAUGUGGACCCAAUGCAACUGCCUUACGACUCCAGAUGGGAAUUUCCUCGAGAUGGGUUAGUGCUUGGUCGGAUCCUUGGUUCAGGUGCAUUUGGAAAAGUAGUUGAAGGGACUGCAUAUGGAUUGAGUCGCUCUCAACCGGUGAUGAAAGUAGCUGUGAAAAUGCUGAAACCUACAGCUAGAUCCAGUGAAAAACAGGCCCUCAUGUCUGAACUGAAGAUAAUGACACAUCUUGGCCCCCACCUGAAUAUUGUGAAUCUGCUUGGAGCUUGUACAAAAUCAGGUCCUAUUUACAUCAUCACUGAAUACUGUUUUUAUGGUGAUUUGGUGAAUUACCUGCAUAAGAAUAGGGACAAUUUCCUGAACCGACACCCAGAAAAGCCUAAAAAAGAUUUGGAUAUCUUUGGGAUGAACCCUGCUGAUGAAAGCACGAGAAGUUAUGUGAUACUAUCAUUUGAAAACACUGGAGAAUACAUGGACAUGAAACAAGCUGAUACCACUCAAUAUGUGCCAAUGCUGGAAAGGAAGGAGGGCUCUAAAUACUCUGAUAUUCAGAGAUCUGUGUAUGAUCGGCCAGCUUCGUAUAAGAAGAAAUCCAUGUCAGAAUCAGAAGUCAAAAACCUUCUUUCAGAUGACAGUUCUGAGGGCCUCAGCCUGCUGGAUCUGCUGAGCUUCACCUACCAGGUUGCACGGGGAAUGGAAUUUUUGGCUUCUAAAAAUUGUGUACACCGUGACUUGGCUGCUCGUAAUGUCCUCCUGGCUCAAGGAAAAAUUGUGAAGAUCUGUGACUUUGGGCUGGCUAGAGACAUCAUGCAUGAUUCCAACUAUGUCUCCAAAGGCAGUACUUUUCUCCCAGUAAAAUGGAUGGCACCUGAAAGUAUUUUUGACAACCUGUACACAACAUUAAGUGAUGUCUGGUCUUAUGGCAUUCUACUGUGGGAAAUAUUUUCUCUUGGUGGCACACCAUAUCCUGGCAUGAUGGUCGAUUCUACUUUCUACAAUAAGAUCAAGAGUGGAUAUCGAAUGGCUAAACCUGAUCAUGCUACCAAUGAAGUGUAUGAGAUUAUGGUGAAGUGCUGGAACAGCGAACCGGAGAAAAGACCUUCUUUCUACCAUCUGAGUGAAAUUGUGGAGAGCUUGUUGCCUGGAGAGUACAAAAAGAGCUACGAGAAGAUUCAUCUGGACUUCCUGAAAAGUGAUCACCCAGCUGUCACACGCAUGAGAGGGGACUGUGACAAUGCUUACAUUGGUGUAACCUACAAGAAUGAAGACAAGCUAAAGGAUAGGGAGAGUGGAUUUGAUGAGCAGAGGCUGAGUGCUGACAGUGGAUACAUCAUUCCCCUGCCUGACAUUGACCCUGUUUCUGAAGAUGAGCUUGGCAAAAGAAACAGACACAGUUCACAGACAUCUGAAGAAAGUGCCAUUGAGACUGGUUCCAGUAGCUCUACCUUCAUCAAGAGAGAGGACGAGACCAUUGAGGACAUUGACAUGAUGGACGACAUUGGGAUCGACUCCUCAGACCUGGUGGAGGACAGCUUCCUGUAACCCCACAGACACCUGCCAGCUCUGCACACAGGGAAGCUUCCCGUGCUGUCUACAGACUUCUGCUCCACAGAGAAAACCACUUUAUUGCAAUGUCAAGGAUGUGAAGAGGAGGCGGAUUUGUAGAAAGGAACUCCCAGAAAUGGGCAGAGGAAUCAGCCUGAGUAUAAAUGAAAGAGACAUGUUGAAGAUGGAUUUUUUUAGUGUUGCUUCUUGCAGUACUUCAGUAGCAUCUCAGUGUUGUUUGCCAUUCCAGCUGGUAGGAGGAUGAAGGGAAAAGCCACAAACAGACCAGUUUUGUGUUUCAAGGGCAUUCAUAUGACUUUGAUGGAUCAAUUUUCCACUGCAGCAAUACUUCACCAUUGUAAUUAUGUAAAUAACUGUCUGCUCAAGGAUCUUUUGAGGUGCACAUUGAACGUAUGCCAUGGAUUUUAGAAGAGGUCAUUCAUGAAUUUUGUGUACUUCCUCCCUCAAUCUCAAUGUCAGCUGCUGUUGAAUUAUCAUGUGAAUUGAAGAACAUGCAAAAACCACUUUUGGACCAAAACGGUCUAAACCCACAAGGGACUGACUGGUACUAUAAAACAUGUUACUUUUUACCAUUAAUGCAAGUAAAGGGGAAUAAUAAUGAUAAUAAUAAUGAUAAUUAAAAGUCAGUCUAUAAUAGGUGUUAGAAACCUAGUAAGUCUUUAUUAACUAUAGAAGGUAGCUGUUUUCAAGAUAAUACUACUACUGUUUUCAGUAACACUAAAUGUAUAUUUUACAAUCCAUUGUCCUUCAGUAAAAGCACAGUAUCAAAAUACUUUUUUAAGUAAAGGGGAGAAAUUUCCAGCCCAAAAAACCCUUUAUGAAACAAUUUUUUUUUUUUUAAUCUACACAGAAUGGUAAUUGUUCUGGUUAGCUAAAAAUACUUUAACAUGGAGAAAAAAUUUAAGAUAUUUUUCUUUCAUGAUCUGAGUAGCUUUUCUAAUCAGAUAUAUUAGAAGCAAUUAAUUUUCCUCUGAUUAAGUGAAGUUCUAAAAAUUUAAAUUUGAAAACAAAAUUAUGCCAGAUUUCCAAGAUGCUGGAGAAUGGAAGAUUAUGAUAAACCACCAGCAAUAUCCCUUUAUUAAUGUUUCAUGGGUACUCAAAAGAAAUCUUAUCCUGAGGUUAGCUAUGAAGAAUUGAUUUGAUAUUUGAACUGCUCAAGGAAUAGACAUUUCUCCUAGCCCGAAACGCAAGUUCAAAUAAGCAGAAAUAAAUAUGCAGAAAAUAUUCUUGUCUUAGUUUUCAAGUUCAAACAGGAGCAGAAAACUCUAAUAUCUUUGCAGACUGUAACUACAAAAGGUAAAUGCUUCUAGGAGUGUUGUUUGGAAGAAAGUGCAUGAAAAUGAACCUGCUCUCAGCCUGCAAUUAUUGGUUUUUGACACCACUUAUAUGAACAAAGUAUUAUGAUUACUGCUAUCACUGUACAAUGUCUAAUUGAGAUAUGAUGCUUUGGAAGACUUACAUGUGAAAAGUACAUCACUGCCAAGGGCCUCAUCCUUUCUGGUACUCAACUUUCAAACUUCACCUUAAUUCAGUGCAAUGAGCACCUCGUAGGAUAUGGCCAGCCUCUGUUACGACAUAACCAAUGCAAAUGCGGUGCAAACUCAUUCCUGUAUUUUCCUAGGAAGUGUGAAAGAGUGACUGACAGAACAUGCUGCCAUGUUAAACUAGCCUUUACCUUCAAAUGACCCUUCAAAAAGUUUUGUAAGUCCCCUUGACUUCACUUGUGGACAGCUACAGAUCAAAUAAAAGCAAAUGCAAUACUGGCAGUGUUACAGCGUGGGACGCUGCAUAGGCAAAUAAUUCUGGAUCUGGGUUUUCAGCUGUCACCUGGCUGAAGUCAUGCACAAGAUCACAGCAAAUGUGAAAACAGGACCUGAAGAGAGGAGCCCCCACAUUUUCAACCCCAAUGGAAGCUGACAAUCAGAAGGAAUGGUGAAUGAUGGUGCAUUCUCUACUUCUUGCAUUCGACAGAUCAAGAACAAGUGUCUUCCUGGGACCAUGCUUUUGCCAAACAUGUCACUGAGCUCUGUAUGGGGACAACUGUGAAACACAGGCUCUUGAUAUAGCCAGGACAGAUGAGAUGGUGUGAAAUCUCCCUCCAGUUACAAAUGAUGAACUGAGGAAACACAAAUUGUCUAUGGAUAUCCCAGAUAUCUGAAUGGCCACUUGAGAUGACAUGUGCUUGAAUUUCCAUGUGUAGUCUUUACAACUACACAUUCAAAUUAGGCAAGCAAUUUCACCUGCAUUUUUGCACAUGGCCUAGUGUUCUUCAGGGUUUGAAAAUCAGCCCCAGCAUGUUUUAUUAUAUCAGUUACUGGAAUCUAAGGACAUUUUAAUGCAGAUUUGCCUUCCCCUCACCAGCCUCAUUCUGUAUCUCACAGUGCAUCUCAGGCUAGACUCAAAUGGUGAACCAGAGCUGGCUCACUUUCAGGUACAUGAUAAUGUUCAUUCUCCAUCUUGUCAUGAGUAUUGUGCAAAUCAAUUGCAUCCGUGGCAGGGGUCUAGCCAAACCCAGCUCACUUCAGGCUUGGAAUCAGACAAGCUGGCCUGGAAACUGGAAUGAGAAGGAGAGGAAGAGAGAGGAUUUAUUACAGAGAGAGAAGUGUGAGAGGAUGAAUUGUUUAGUUUCACAAUAUUAUCAGUAUUACAGACUUUUUUUUUUUUUUAUGGCUUACUUUUUGAGAAGCCACUGGAAGAGAUAUUCCCAAACCUUUUGCUACAGCAAUUGUAUAACGACAAUCAGUGUUAUCCUAUGAAAUGCAGCUUUUGAUUUGGAAUGGCCAACCAAUUCCUUACAGUGUGGUCUGCAACUUGUACAAAAUGGUCCUAUUACAUGAUGAAGGACGUGAGAUAUGAUGAUGUUAUACAUCAAUAUGUAUAUAAGUAUUUUUAUAUAGACUUCUAGAAUACUGCCAAAACAUUUAUGACAGCUAUAUCACUGCCUUUGUUUAUAUUUUUUUUACUGUGAUAUAUUCCACAGGCACGUUAACUGUUGCACUUUGAAUGUCCAAAAGUUAUAUUUUAGAAUAAUAAAAAAGGAAGUGUUUCCAAAAUGAUGGCUGUUGUGAAAUGUUUGAAGAAGGGCAAACUGGCCUGAGUGAUGGUAGGCACAAAAUGUAUUUCAAAAAUGCCCCUGUUGAUAUUUUGUCUUUGAAAAAAUCUUGUAAAUUAAGAUCUCUAUAUUUCAAUAAAUGAUAUAUAAUUUAAGGA